GUUUAACAGGGAGGCUUCCCCAUCCUGGCGGUGGGUCGUUUCUCUCACUCUCACGCUCUCUCUCACUCUCUCACUCUCUCUCUCUCUCUUUCUUCUCUUCUUCAUCUCCUCAGCCGCUCACACACACAUGGUGGCCGUAGUCGCAUCUUAGCGCUGUGGCUCUCGGAAAGACCUGUGGUAAGGAGCGGAGGCGGCGGCGGUGGUGGUGAUGGUGUUCUUAUUAAGUGAUCGAGAGAGGCUUCUUCUUCGAUAGGCCGAUACGCGAACGUUAAGUGGACGGCAUCUGAGAUCGAGUGUGCCCCUCGGAAUUACUCGAAAUAUACAGAUCGAUUCUUUAUGAGACUAACGUCCGAUAUGGCGGCUAAUAUCAUCCACCAGCACCAAGCAACGGCGUCACAGGGCGACACAUCCUACGGCGGCAGCUGCGGUGGCGUUGGUAGUGUUGGUACUACUAGUGACGCUAAUGUUGACAGAUGUAAGAAGGUCGUCACCUCCUCCUCCUCCUCCUCGGCGUCGUCCUCCUCCACCUUGAACGACAACCAAGAGAUGAUGAUGAGUGGAGUGAACAACAAUCCCACCUGCAACGUUGCCAGGAAGCUGCCCCAGCUGCCGGCCCCGUCCUACGGAGGCAGCCUCUCCAUGAUGUCCAGCGACGGUGCGCGGAAGGGGGAGAACCUGCCCACGACGCUGGCCACGGUCAGAGAAAACGAGUCCUUCUCGGCCUACGCCACCAGGGGGAACUUCUCCGAAUCGCUGGAGUCGAGGGCUUCCAUUAAGCGCCUCGAAUUUAAGAAGACCCGUCGGAAUUCCUACCAGAGGUCCCUCCAGUUCAUCGACGACACCCCCGACAGUUUAGUGGACGACGAGGAAGGGAACGUCGUCGUCAGCAGCAGCAAUUACUCCCCGCAGAUCGUCGGGAGGUACGUCAAGGGCCUGGCGUCCUCCGCGGCCCAUAUUGCCGUCGUGGCUGCUUCUACUACUGCUGCUUCGACUUCGUCAGCAGGAAAAUCCCACCAAGGGGAUUCGCCAGUCAUCUCUCCUGCUCCUGUUGCGUCUACCUCCGGCGGGAGUGAUUCCGGCGUGGGCAGUAUACGGAAGGGUGAAUUGGCCAUGCCAGGGGGCGGAAGCAAAUCUUCCCGUCGGAGGUACCGAAGCCGUUCGCUCUCUCAGUCAUCCACAGACUCCUAUUCCACAUCCUCUUACACGGGAUCGAGCAGCGAGGAAGAUGAGGUGUCCCCAAGGGAGAAGAGCCAGAAAAACUCGAAGGGCGGCGGCGACUUCUGCGUCAAGAACAUCUCGCAGGCAGCCUUCGGCAGGAGGGAGAUCGAGAUUGCUGAGCAAGAAAUGCCUGGAAUCAUGGCCCUGCGGAAGCGAGCUAUGGAUGAUAAACCCCUCAAGGGCGCCAAGAUAGUAGUCUGCACCCACAUCAAUGCCCAGACAGCCGUGCUGAUUGAGACUUUGGUCGAGCUUGGAGCAAGCAUCCGUUGGGCUGCUUGCAACAUUUUCUCAACUCAGAAUGAGGUUGCAGCUGCUUUGGCCGAGGCUGGCCACCCCGUGUUCGCCUGGCGUGGGGAGAGCGAAGAAGAUUUCUGGUGGUGUAUUGACAAGUGCAUCAACACGGAGAAUUGGCAGCCAAACAUGAUUCUGGACGACGGAGGGGAUGCCACCCACCUCAUGCUGAAGAAGUAUCCAGCCAUGUUUAAGAUGAUCAAAGGUAUUUGUGAAGAAAGUGUCACAGGUGUCCACCGUCUUUACCAACUCAGUAAGGCUGGAAAACUGACUGUUCCUGCUAUGAACGUCAACGAUUCAGUGACAAAGACUAUGUUUGAUAAUCUUUACUCCUGCAGGGAAUCAAUCAUUGACAGCUUAAAACGUGCCACUGACGUCAUGUUUGGUGGCAAGCAGGUAGUGGUUUGCGGUUACGGUGAAGUAGGAAAAGGCUGUUGCCAGGCUCUCAAGGGAUUGGGAUGCACAGUGUAUGUCACUGAAAUUGAUCCUGUCUGUGCUCUUCAAGGAUGCAUGGAUGGUUUCCGUGUAGUGAAGCUUUCAGAAGUUAUAAGGCAAGUAGAUAUUCUCGUGACAGCCACAGGAAACAAGAAUGUUGUGUCACGGGAACAUAUGGACAAAAUGAAGAAUGGUGCUAUUGUCUGUAACAUGGGUCAUUCCAACACAGAAAUUGAUGUGAAUUCUCUAAGGACCCCAGAUUUAACCUGGGAGAAAGUUCGUUCCCAAGUUGAUCACAUCCUGUGGCCCGAUGGCAAGAGGAUCAUCCUGCUGGCUGAGGGACGGCUUGUAAAUCUUUCCUGUUCAUCUGUGCCAUCAUUUGUAGUGUCCAUUACAUCAUGUACUCAGGCUUUAGCAUUGAUUGAAUUGUUCAAUGCACCAGCUGGGCGAUACAAGUCUGAUGUGUAUCUGUUACCAAAGAAGAUGGAUGAGUAUGUUGCCAGUCUUCACCUUCCCACUUUCGAUGCACAUCUCACAGAGUUGACUGAUGAGCAAGCCAAGUAUAUGGGCUUGAAUAAAGCUGGUCCUUUCAAACCAAAUUAUUACAGAUAUUAGUGUGGAUAUCAGUGGUUGAAGAGAGAAAAACAAAGGUUAUUUUAUAUAUAUUAUCAUUCAUUGUUAGGAUAUUUUUUAAACUGUCGUGUUUCAUUGCCUUGUUAUGAAGAUGUAAUGUAAGGCACUGAUAAUACUAUAUGGUAAUUUAGUGACCUUGUACUGGAUUAAUUGAAACUUGUCCAUAUCUUAAUGAUCAAAAGUUGUCAUAAUUUCCUUUGGUAUUUAGGGUUAAUAGGAAUCAGUGUAAGGUUGGAGGUUUACUUCAUUUGAUGUCUGCAUAUGCGGAAAGGAAUUAACAUUGGUGAUACUGAUAUAUUUAUAUUUUGUCUUAUGUGCAUUUGAAGAAAGUACAGUGUAUAUUUACUGAGGCCACUUGUCAGAUACAUUUCCUAAAAUUAGGAUGUGUUAACUGCUGUCAUGUAUUUAUCACGGUACCAUAAAGUAAUUGAAUUUUUUGGCUGUGUGAUACUGAUUUAUCAUAAGACAAAUGUAGUGGGCCAAGUCUUUUGGCCAGUUUGAAUCAUGUGCGUUAAUUGUUAUUUAAAGGUUGAGAGAGAAUCAAGCACAUGCUUUGGCUGAUUUGUAUAAGGAAGUCGAUUGAAUGGGUGCCUAAUACAGCCCGUUGCACUUCCAGUUAGUUUAUACAGAUGUGUAGGUAAGAGUUUAGAGUCCUGUUAAUCAUUGAGAGACUUGUAGCUCAGUUUGUAGAGCACUGCCCAAGGUACCUAUUUAUAGGUUGGUUAUUAUAUUUAUUGUCACAUAAAUAUACAUCCACAUGUAAAUAAACACUAGUGAUCUACAUUUCCUUGUUAAUUUCACAUUCAGGAAAAUAUUUACUCAGAUGUAUACAAAUUAACCAGUGUAUAAUGAAACGUUAGGGGACACUCAAUGAUUGGGCUGGUUGUAUUUUGAUGUUUUCAUUGUGGGUAAAAAUCAUGAAAAGUUUUUUUUAUUGUACUUUUAGUUUUGCUGAUUGGUAUUCAGAUGAUUUUUGUAACUUGAAUGGUCAAGCAUUUGGUGUAUGGAUUCUUUAAAAAUUUUUAUGGGACUUAGUUUGUGGCAACUCAUUCAAGACCACAUUUAAAAAAGGCUUGAAGGCAGGCAGUUUUCUUCAGGAUAAUUUAAACAAUAUCAUGGUAUUUGGGCCAGAUCUUUUCCUCAAAGUACAUCAGUAAGACACGUUUUGACGAUGCUGUUCUGUACUUAGAAAGUAAUGUACAUAGCCUAAAUAGCCUGAGAUAGUUAGCCAAACAUUCAUUUGUUUCCAAUUACUACUUUCAUUAGCAGUCUGUGAAGCUAAGCUAGCCAAAUAUUGAAGAUAAUAUAAAAUGAAUAGGCCAUGUUUGUUGAUAGGAUGUGUGUGUCUUUUGUCUGUGAUAGUUCUAGUGUACAGUGCCAGGUGCUCACUGAGGCGGAGAUGGAGCAGCUUGAGCAACAGGCUUUUGUUUCUUAGAGGAAAUUUUGCUUACGGAUAAAAAAAAUCUUUACUACUGUUGUUGCCCAAACUAUAAUAGCCUGUUGUCAUUUGGAAUUUUAUGCAAUUGAGUGAAUAUUAGUCAUCCCUGAUAUAAACUACUAGUAAUUUUUGGGAAUUAACCACAUUGUAUAUUGUGUAGCAUAUGUAAAUUACAGUAAUGUCACCAUGUACAUGUAACUAAUGUAAAGGACAAUAUUUGUUGAUAUGCGUCAGAUGCAGAAGUAUUGGUCCAGUUUACUGACACAAUCUGUUUUUAAAAAAUUAGGUGUUACCGAGAUAAAUGUGUACAAUCCACUGAUGUCAAGGACCCCUAAGAAUCAGAUGUCACUGAGAAAGAUAGUGUGUGUAUGUAUACAUAUUGUGUUGAAUUUAACAUGUUCCAAGAUGGAGGAAAGUGGUGACAUGUUUUGCUUCCAUGUGACAUACAGCAAAUUAAUCGUGUUGCUCAUCCAAGGUCUAGUUUUGAAGCAUUAUGUAAUACGAAGAAUAUACAGUACUGAAUUUGAAGUUGGGUGUCUAGCGACAUUGACUGGCACUUGCCAACGUACAUGGAAUACUUAUGCCUUGAUUACAUAAUACAUCAGAGCAAGGGCCUUAACAUUAUUGUUGUUGUUAUGACUACUGUUAUAUGCGCUGCCAUUAUAACUAUACUGUUAAAUGCGCUACCAUCACUAGCUCAUCAUCCACUGUCUCUCUCGGUCGGUGCUGUCAAGACAAUCAUAAGUGGCAUCAUUUUAGCAAAAUCGAAAGUGAGUAUGCCUCAUUGUUUGUGUCGUCAAAGAUGUAGCAUCACAAACCUUUGAUUAAACGGAGCUUAUUCAUUUCAAUUACAAACAUAUUUAUAAAUAGGAAACCAAAGGCUGUUGUGCUUGUUUUGGUAAUUAUUUACUAAAGAGCAUUGUUUAACGACAAACACAUCAACGAGGCAUAGAAUCAUUCAGACGAUCUAACGUAAAUGAUGGCACUAAGUUGACAUCUCUUGAAUGAGGCGCAAAGGAAAAGGGUUUGUCAUCAUGGCUGUAUCAGCAGAAUGUGUAUUUAAAAAAAAAAACUUCAUCAGUAUUGGUUGAGACGUACUCUACAAGUCUUGAAAAUUUUUGUAUAAUAAUGCACAUUUUCUAAAUAACUAUCUCUAUUGUACAGUAAAAGCUGGGUUUGUGGAAAACUAAAGGUACCUGAACCACCAAAAAUUGAAUUGCUAAUUGCUUAUAAUGCUGUUUUUCUUAGUUUCCAGAAGCAGGUAUAAAAAGUUAAGUGAAUACUACUUUUUCAGUUUUUCUUUCUCAACUGUUGUGAAAUUUCUGAAUGUUUUAUUUUGGCAAUCUCGUCAUACAAGAUCUUGCAAAGGUUUCUUUAGUUUUCCCAGGGAUGUCUUGAGUUGCUUACUGAAUAAAAGAGAAGUCUUUAUAUUAAAAUGAAUAUAUUUUCAAGUAAUGAACUAUACAUAGUACAUUAAUAGGCUUGUAAUUUGAGAGCUCACUUCAGAGUGAAAGAAUAUAUGUAGGCAAGAACAUUUAGUGAACGAUGCAGUAAUUGUAGUGGAGCUUUCGAAGCUUUCAUUUUUCUUCACGUUCUAUCUGUUUGUGUCAGAACUAAGAGUUGCCAUUUGAUGUCACCCCUUAAUGGUAGUCUCUUUUUCUAUGUUUAAAGCAGGAGAAGGUAUUCGAUGUCAACCCUGAAUGGCUCUACUGUAGUUCCACUGAGUGAUACAGAUUGGCCUAGUGGUCACUUUUAAAUCAAUCACGAAUUCAUUACACAAAUUAUUCCGUGCCAUUGAUGCCAGCACCAUGUUGAUCAUUAUCUCAGAAUAUUUUUUUAUCAUAACUCAGAGAGUUUUGUCAUUUUACAGUAUAAGGUCAUAGAAUUAGGGAAUGCCUGAUAGAACUUUUACUUUUUAUCAUUCUGCAAUGUGUUAUCAGUUUAUAUAUAAUUGGGUUUACAUUUUGUCCGGCGUAACAGCAUAAUUGCAGCCAGUAUGUAAACUCCAUCUCAAGCGUACAUUGUUUAUCGGGACACGAGAGGUAUUGCCUUCUAGCCAUGUUGUUAUUUGUAUGCUAACUCGGAAAGUCUUUGUGCCAUGAUUAAAAGCAUCUGCUCCCUUUUUGAUUUUCUGGUUUACGGAUGAUAAAUGCUGACUUAAAUCAUCAAUUGAAUCUAGUUUGUGGUUCAUAGUUGUGUACAGAAACUGAUUUUGUUUUAAUCUUAAAAAAAUUAAGUCAGAUGCAACUAUUCAGGUGGCUAUGUUUUGUGAUAAAACUUCCAUCAUAGUCUUAAACAGGAAAAACUUCAUGGGAUUUGAUUUCCAAUUAUGUCACACCAUAUUUUCACCGUUACUAAGAGGAAGCGCAAGGUAUUUCAUGGACAUGAUUGCAAAUAUUUCAGCACGAAGUGAACUCAUUACAUAGCACUGUCAAUAUAAAAUACAAAUAUAGGAAUCAAAUAGCUAGUUUGCCAGCAGGAUUUCGUCAUUCUGUAUUUAACCCUUGGGUUAGUCAUUGUUUUCUUGGUUGGUUGUUACAGGGAUGCAGAAAGAAGAAAUUGAAUAUCAUUACAAUGGAAAGUUCUGUGGUUUUAUGCAAAUAAUGGGGUAACAUCUCUUUACUACUUCAUCUAAAAUUUUACUCUAGACCUGUAAUUUUCCAUUUUAGUUGACACUGUAUAAGUACUUAUUAGAUCUAAAUUAGCAUUUCCGAGUUGAAUAUUACUGUCAUUACUAAAACACGAACCUUACUUUUUAUAUUUGACGUUCCUAGCUAGUAAUGGAUCAGUGUUAACAGCCCCAACAUUUUGCUUCAGGCUAAGCAAGAACAAGCUUUGAAAUCUUAAAAGUGAGAAGACAUUAGACUGUGCAUCAAGAAACGCAAUGUCUGGCCAAAGGGUUGAGCAGAGUGACGUGGUUUGAGAUAUUAAUGUAGGAUAUAGCAAUAAGGUCAAAUAAACUUAGUUUUAAUGAUGUGCUUCAAAAGAUGGUUGCACAGUGGGUGAGCUUAUCUUAUAUUUGACAUUCCAUAAAAUUUACAGUGACAAGUUUGUUGGAUCUCAUUGGUGCUUACAUUUUAUUUCUACUAGCAGUUUUUUUCCUUUUUAGAAAAAAAGUUGUAUAGCAGUGAAUGUGUAAGAACCAUUCAUUUAACACCAAAAUACAAUGAUACACUAGGUUAUAGGAUUUAUUAUUUGCCUUCAUUGUUGCUUCAUCAUCUUUUUUUUUAAAUUCUUGGAAGUCAACCAUUAAAAGUGCCAUUACUCAUUAUCGGUAGGCAAUAGAUCGUUUCAUUUUAAGAGUCAUGUUCGUUCAGAACUUGUCUUGUGCUUCUCUCACCCACAUGCAUUUUUAGCUAUACUAUUACAAAGUGAAGCCUUGGUAAAAAGAAUUUUUUAAGUUAAGUGAAACUUGGAAAUAGCAGCAUGUUCAUACUAACCUAUUCUGUGUUCUAAACAAUAUUGUUGGUAAGGGUUAUAAGAAUAUAUUAGUUUGUAGAA